ACUCAGGAAAGGUGAGUACUAUAACAAGGGAGUGUGAUGCAGCCACAGUAGUUCCCAACAAUGAAUGUGUGUCAUAAACAAAUGUCAAUCACAAAGGAAUUAAUGUAGAUGACUGGUCCAACCUCAGAUUGUACAGUGUUGAAUGGCUCUUAGCUUGAUAUCUUUCUGACUAUCUAACACCGUAGAUAGUUCUUUUUAUGCAGCAUUUUACAUACAACUAUCUGUUAAGAGAGAGAUUUUUCAAUGUUCACUGUUGUGGCAAAAACCAGAUCGUGUUCUAUGAGGGGAAAUGUUUCACUGGGAGGAAGCUGGAGAUCUGCAGCGACUGUGACAACUUCCAGGACCGCGGCUUCAUGAACAGGGUCAACUCUGUCCGUGUGGAGAGCGGGGCCUUCAUCUGCUUUGACCAUCCAGACUUCAAGGGCCAACAGUACAUUCUGGAGCAUGGGGAGUACCCUGAAUUCCAGCGCUGGAAUGCCCAUAACGAUCACAUGGGCUCCUGCAGGCCAGUCAGGAUGCAUGGAGAGCACUACAGGAUGGAGCUCUUCGAGGGAGACAACUUUAGCGGCCAGUGUGUGGAGGUGUGCGACGACUGUCCGUUCCUGCAAGCACGAGGCCUGACCAAGAACUGCAUUAACUCCAUCAAGGUUUAUGGAGAUGGAGCCUGGGUGUUGUAUGAGGAGCCUAACUACCGUGGCCGCAUGUACAUUGUGGAGAGAAGAAACUACUGCACCUUUAUGGAGUGGCAGGCAGAGAACCCCAACAUCCAGUCUGUUCGCAGGGUGGCAAACUACUUCUAAAGCAUCUCAUUGUCACUGGCAAUAUGACUGCAGGAAUGAGAUCAUCCAGUGAGGAAAAACAUACCACACCGUCAAGUAAUGUCACGCUGACUCUGUGGGGCUGUAAAAUAAUAAAAGAUGAAGAAAAUGUUUCACAUUGCUUGUUGUUUUAUUUUUGUACUGAAUUAUUCAAAGGCUGAAAUAAAGUAGUGAUCCUACAAUAACCUCAAUCUUAUUUCCAUUUCUUCUGCUUUUAUGCUCACGCAGUG